AUGGCGUCAGCCUCCCCCUCCCUCAACCACCUAGGCUCCCUCCCCUACACCACCCCCGCCAGCCGCCUCCGCACCCUCGACAUCUGGCUUCCCACAGCCACCCCAGCCGCACCUUCCCCUUCCCCCUCCCUCUGGCUCAUCUACCUCCACGGCGGCGCCUGGCACGACCCCCUCCAAGACUCGACCUGCAUCCACCCCCUCCUCUCACACCUCACCACUUCGCACGCCUCAUCCACGCUCCCCUCCCUCGCCGGCAUCGCAAGCCUCAACUACCGCCUCUCGCCCUACCCCGCGCACCCCACGCACCCCAGCUCCCCCUCGGACCCAGACCGCUCAGUCCAGCAUCCAACCCACAUCCGCGAUGUCGCCGCCGCGCUACGCUUCCUGGCGCAGAACCACGGCCUGAAGCGCUGGAUCGGCGUCGGGCAUUCCUGCGGCGCAACCAUGCUCGCGCAGCUUGUUUCGGGAAUAGGUGCUGAGCCUGAUGCGGCAGAGCCGCUAGCGGGACCCGAAGCCCUGGUGUUGCUCGAGGGAAUCUACAACAUCCCCUUGUUGCUGAGAAACCACGCGCCGCCUGCGUGUCCCGAGGACAUUUCAACCAUAUACCGCUCCUUUGUGUCUGAUGCGUUUGGGGCCGAGGCGACCGAAAAAGACUUGUUGCAAGUAUCGCCCGUGUCUGGGAAAUACAACGUGGAGCAGUGGCCCCAAGGGAGGUUAUUACUUAUUUGCCAUAGCUACGAGGAUGAGCUUGUGGAGCGGGCGCAGCGCGAUGUCAUGUGUGUGGCGCUGGAUCGGCAGGGGUGGAGUAUUGUUAUGGAGGCUGGGGAUGAGGAGGAUGAGGUGAGGGCCGAGGGCAGGAGAGUGCUUAAUGUGAGGGAUCUAAAGGGUGGGCAUGACGAGAUUUGGGAGGAUGGGAAGCAGAUUGCUACCUUGGUGGCUGAGGUGGUGCAACGGUUGACAUGA